AUGGAAAAUACCGUUUACCACGAAUCUUACAAAAUAAUAGAGAUACUGGGUAAUUAUCCUUGGAAGAGCAGGCCUUUCUUGUACAACGCUCCAAAGCUGAGCCAACAGAAAGAGGAGAACACCCACGAAAUAGAGAGCAACACGUUUAAACAAAGAAGCACAAAUGAAUUAGUGGUGACUGUGCUGUUAGCGACAAUGUCAUUUACGGUGGCCUUCAUCAUUCCCGGCGGUUUCAAGACGAAGGGGUACAAGUUAGGGUUUCCCCUUCUCAUUCAAACCCUUUCCUUUAAGAUGUUCAUCAUUAUUGAUUGCGUGGCCUUCUUUUUGUCGUUGUCUGUGGCGUUCGCGUGGCAGAUGGCUACGCCUCUUACAAGGGCAAGUAAGACAGGAUUCCUAAACAUCACCAAUAUGCUCCUUUCCUUCACCUAUGCCUUUACGACUUAUGGUUUCAUAUCUCCAGUGUAUAGCAUUCUCGAGCACAAUAAGCUGGCUUAG